GCCGGCUUCAAUACUCAAGCACCAGAGCUCGCGUUAAUUCCUUCGCUGUGGUCUGUGUUGGCCACACGUCUCUCAGCUGCACCACUUCUUCUAUUUUCCGGUGAACUCAAUUACCCGGAGGCUACCUGCUCCGCCGACAAAUUGCUUAGAGAAAACAAUGGACUUUUUCUUCAAGGGGUUGAAUGAAGAGGCAUCUGAUUGUUCCUUCAAUGAGCAGGACAUUAAGAAAUGUCCAUUCUUGAGGAACAUCAACAAACCGACCGACUUCUCUUUCUCUUCUGUGAAUUUCUCUCUUCCUGUAAGGGGAGGCAAAGGUCCUAUAUUUGAGGAUGGCCCCAAUUUUGAUAUAGCUUUCAAACUUUUCCAUGGGAAAGAUGGGGUUGUCCCACUCUCAGGAAGGUCUCACUUUCAUGAUAACAACCCAGAACCUGAGCCUGCACCUCUCUUUAACCCUUUAGCUGCAAAAGCAGCCACCAUCAGUUUUUCGGCAUUUGGAUCAGGAGGGCCAUUCAGUUUUCAUUCUUUCUCUGAGAAAUGGAAGAUGCAGAAAAAGAAAGAAUCAUCCUCUCAGGGAGAUUCGUCAAAACAUGAGGCACUGGGAAAUGAGUGGUUGGAAACGGGGAACUGCCCAAUUGCCAAGUCAUACAGAGCCGUGAGCCAUGUUUUGCCCCUCAUGGCAACUGCUCUUCAGCCACCAGCUGGAAUGAAGUUUAGAUGCCCACCUGCGGUGGUUGCAGCCAGAGCUGCCCUUGCCAGGACUGCCUUUGUUAAGACUCUGCGCCCUCAGUCAUUACCCGCAAAGAUGCUUGCGAUUGGAGUCUUGGGCAUGGCAGCUAACGUCCCACUGGGCAUCUGGAGGGAACACACUAGGAAAUUCUCAAUAUCAUGGUUUGCUGCAGUGCAUGCAGCAGUGCCCUUCAUAGCCAUGCUUAGGAAGUCUGUCUUGAUGCCCAAGACUGCUAUGGCAUUAACCAUUGCAGCUUCUGUCUUAGGGCAGGUCAUUGGCUCAAGAGCUGAGCGGCUUCGACUGAAAACAAAGGCUGAGCGGGAAAACAUAGCAGCACACACGGCUCCUGCUGGUGUCAUUUCAGGUUAUAAUUCCGGCCAGGUCAAUAGCGUUCUGGGGCGUCAUUGUGGUGUGCAAGGAAUGAUGUGGGAUCCUCUCCCUGAUAAGGCUGCUAGGAUCACAUCUCCACCAGCCAAUAUGUGUUUCUGAAAUUGCAUAGCAAUGUGAGAGAAUGUCUAUGAAUAAAAGAAUGCAAACUAUAAUGUAUGCAAGAGACAAAUAUGGGGUUCCGGCUCCAGUGAUAUUAUGAACUGUUUGUUUGUCGUGCAGUUUAUGGGAUGAGAAAAUUGUAACUCUUGCGAAAUAUUCUCGGGCAAAUUGCAGUUCCUUUGUAUCGUAGUCGUACCAUGUUCUGGGAUUUUUUGGUCCAGUACUUGAAAAGACAUUUUCUCCUUUGGGGCUAGAAAAUUUAAGUCCGGUA